AGGGUGAACUAGGAAAGAUAACACUGCUUCAGCUUCGUUUAGAGAAGUAGUCUGAUUCUUUAAAAAACAUUGGUUUUACUCCGGUCGCAUACACACAGUGCAGGCAUGGAUAUAUCGACAGAGACUCACAAGAAAUGACGUGUUGUAAACAAAACGAGUGAGAAUGGUACCGUUUCACCAGUAGCCAGUGGACUUUUAAUUUUAUGCCCGUUUUACUUCUGGAUUGCUAUGUGCCUUUCUCUGCUAACCACUGAGAAAAUAAAUUAUGGAAGGGAGUUAUGAUGUGGAUGUAUCCAACAGUGCCAUCAUGCCUCUAUGGAAAAGAAGAUCUGCAAACCAUGCUGGCUCAAGAGAUCCCAGUAAACCUAAAGCCAGGCCUCUCAGUUACCAGAUCGACGGGGUCACAAUGACUGAUUUCCCCGUAGAGGAUAGAUGUGCCUUUACCUUGACGCAGCCGGCAGAAAAGAUAGUCGCCUCCCCUGGGGGGUCAGUGGUUCUGAAGCAUGUAAUGAGCAAGCCCACCCGCGCAGCUCGUGUAGUUCGCAGCAUAAGCAUUGGGCGUUUAUCCAAUGGAAAGUUCUCUUUCACUAAGCGGAAAUCAGAGGACCAUAAACAAGUGGAUAACCAACCGCCACAGACUUUGGAAAUGAAUAAAAACAGUGACAUCGGGUCUUCCUCUAAUGAGAAAACUCUGUCCCCUGAUAACAAAAGUGAUUUGCAGAGAAGGCUCUCCAGCCCCCUGGCGACCCUGACAAAAGAAAGGGACCAGGUUGUUUUCAGCUCAGAUCCAGGAGACUUGCUUGCAAGGACAGCUCAUAUACCAUCCAAUAAUAAUAAUGACAUUCCAUUCCAGCAGGCACCUCAGGUUCUUGAAAACGUAAGGAAAACUUCAGUGUCUUCCCCGGUUGAAAAAGUAGUACACCAAAGACAACUUCCCACUACCUCACAGAGCUCAGACAAAACCCCAUCAGUAGUAUUAAGCACCAACAGCCCUGCAGCCUUAAAGAUGGGAAUACAGCAGCUCAUACCUAAAGCACUGGCAUCAAAAGUGACUAAGAGCAACCAGAAUCUCUUAGACCCCAAUAAGAGGACUCUGCAUUCCCUCAGCAUGGUCGAGACCUGCAGCAGCUCAUUUUUCCCUUUCGGAGAUGCUGAACGGGAGACAGACUCGGAGUUAGACAGCCCUGGGACCCUGAAGCGAGGGCUAAGGACCACUUCCUACCGAAGAGCAGUUGUCAGCGGGAUUGACUUUGACGGUGCUUCCCCUAAUGGGAAAAAGGGAAACAGACUGUCGCAUCCCAUCCUGAGAUCUGUGGAGGAGGACAAGGAGAAAAGUUCCAGUUUGGGAAAGGGCAAAAAGAAGGGAUUACCUACGCAGGGCACUUUCGAUAGUGAAGAAGACGCGGUGUUGUAUCAAAACUAUAAGGAGAAAGCGCUGCAUAACGACUCUGAUGAGGAUGCCGAACCCAAGGAGCAAAAAUCUGAUGAAAGGAUCGUUGUUCAGUACAAGCCAUUGCGAUCCACUUGGGGUCAGCUCUCUGUGGUCAGAAAGAGUGAAAUAUGUCAACAAUUAAGCCAGGAAGAGAGGAAGAGACAGGAGACCAUUUUUGAAGUGAUUUCAUCAGAGCACUCCUACCUGCACAGUCUCGAGAUUUUGAUUCGGUUGUUUAAAAACUCCAGUGAACUGAACGAAACGAUGACCAAAACUGAGAAUCAUCACCUCUUCUCCAACAUCGCUGAUGUCUGUGAGGCAAGCAAAAAGUUCUUUAAAGAGCUGGAGGACAGGCAUCAGCAGAACAUUGUCAUUGAUGAUGUCAGUGAUAUUGUUGAAAAGCAUGCCACGUCAACCUUUGACCCCUACGUCAAGUACUGCUCCAAUGAAGUUUACCAGCAGCGGACUCUCCAGAAGCUUCUAACUAAAAACCCCUCUUUUAAGGAAGUCCUGUCUCGAAUCGAGAGCAACCCAGAUUGCAGGAACCUUCCUAUGAUCUCCUUCCUUAUUCUCCCAAUGCAGAGAGUCACUCGCCUGCCUCUCUUAAUGGAUACUAUCUGUCAGAAAACGGCAAAAGACUCGCACAAGUAUGAACUCUGCAAAAGCGCAUUUAAGGCUGUCAGCAAGCUGGUCCGUCUGUGUAAUGAAGGUGCCAGGACAAUGGAGAGGACAGAAAUGAUGUACACUAUAAACUCCCAGCUGGAAUUCAAGAUCAAGCCAUUCCCUCUGGUGUCUUCCUCCCGCUGGAUGGUGAAGCGAGGGGAGCUCACUGCCUUUGUGGAAGACAAUGGGAUCUUCCUGAAGCGCACCUCAAGGCAGCAGGUCUACUUCUUCCUCUUUAACGAUGUCCUCAUCGUUACCAGAAGGAAAAGUGAGGAAAGUUAUAAUGUCAUUGACUAUGCAUUGAGAGACCAGCUUUCUGUGGGCCAGUGUGAGAUUGAGGAGCUCAACCUAUCCCCUGUGAAGACAACGUCAGGAAUGCUGUACUCACGUCAAGGAUCGGCCAAUCACGUCUUCACGCUGGCUUUCACUAGCAACCACUCGGGAGAGAAAGUGACGAUGAUUAUGGGAGCAGAGUUUCUUAAUGAGAGAGCUCGCUGGAUCACAGCACUGGGAGAAAACAGCAGCGAUAAGCAGAGCAUAGACAGAACAACACUGACCCAGGUGGAGAUUACGAGAACGUACACUGCAAAACAGCCAGAUGAACUUUCACUUCAGGUUGCUGAUGUGGUGCUGGUUUACCAGAAAGUUAACGAUGGAUGGUAUGAAGGUGAGCGUCUCAGAGAUGGAGAGAGAGGAUGGUUUCUCUCAGAAUGUGCAAUGGAGAUCACAUGCCAGGCAACGAUUGAGAAGAACAUGGAAAGAAUGGGCCGUCUGCUCGGACUUGAAACAAACGUUUAGGAUUUCUAAAGAAUAUUCCCCCGCCUGCCAACUUUCUCCAUUCACACUUGAAUUCCUCAAACAGGACUCUUUCUUACCACUGGCUUUAAUAGAAGUAUGAUGGCUGACCUUGCAUUACUCAGUUCAAAAUUUAAAGGCAUCCAGUGUCACUCUGAUGCUGUAAUCAAAAUGAAAUGUUUUUUUUUUCUAAUGUUGCACUUCAGGGACUGCUCAUCUCUAAAAGACUUUGUACCACUUUUUAUAGGUUUUUUUUAUAGAUUUUAAAGGGGGUAAAAAUGUUUUUAAAAAACUAUAAAAUGCUAUUUUUUGUGACCAACAGGAACUUUAAUUAUGAAUCACUAUUCUGUUUUGUGUGUAAAUAAUUGUAUGUUUAAACGCAUGUAUUUGUUGUUGGUACAGGUACAUAUUGCUAUUGAAAUUGUAAGAAUGUAAUUAUGAUUCAUGGUAAGAUAGAACAGUCAGGAGAAAUUCAGUAAAGAUGUAUUAUAAAUAAUUUCUUUUCAUAUGGUGUAAAAAAAAAAAAAAAUACUUUUGUAAUUUAUACACCAGAAGGAUACAAUGUAAAGUUCCCUUUCCACUGUCCACAAUUCCUUAUGAAAAUGCAUGAUGGAAAAUACAUAAUGACAAAAGGAAAAAAUGAACUAUGCCUUAAGAAUUUAAUUGCAUGUCUGCAGUGAUUGAAGCUGAUGUAGUUUUAAUAGUUUUUCUUUUUUAAAACUCAGGGAAAUGUAUAGAAUGACGAUUAGAUUAUGAAAAUACUAACUAACUUUUUUUUUUCCUUAAUACUGAUAUUGUUUGUAAAAAUGUUUAAUAGAACAUUUGGGUGAGUGUCUGAAAACUUACGAAAUGCAGUAUCUGUAAGCAAAUGCUUCUGAUGCCAUACAAAUGAAUGGAUUCUAAUGCAGAUUUACAAAUAACAAAUGUAAUCGCAAAGAACAAAAGGGUUAUUGCAGUUGUUUUAAAGACUAAAUAAUAAUACAAAUGAAAGUAAAACAAUGGCUGGGGGAGAUGCAUGAAACACCCAGACAGACAGUAGUCAUUUUAAGUGAGGUACGGGUUAUCUGAGAAGCAGAUGGGAAGACCUGAAUGGUGAGAAAACAGGAGUCAAACAUUGAGAAGGAAGGUAGGAGUUGGUCGCUAUAACAACAUCUGAAUUUUCAUCUGUCAGUGGUGCAAUGACCAAUAAUAAUUACGACAACAAAAAAAUUAUUAAUUGCCAAGUACAAAUUUUCUUUACAAAUAUCAAGGUGUUGGGCUUUCCUUUUUUAUUUUGUGGCCAGAGGUCACAUUUCUUUUUUUGCCUCCUUCAACUUCUCAGGAACCUCUCUUACCACCACUUGCUGGGAGGCAGUUGGAGUAAAUAUCAUUUUGUGCCAGCGAGCACUUUGCUGAUGGAACAGUAAGUGCUCACAGAGAGUAAUGGAUAGCGUGCAGCGGUCCAUCAAUCAUACAGCAGCAGUGGGAUCUUAAGAGAAGCAGCCCCACCAGGAGGCAGACUUAAGCCAGAGAUAUUGAUCUUGAUGGUUGCUUUCUUAUCAGCAGUACAAAUUUUCUGCCAGGACAGAAUGCAAAUUUGUGCUGGCCCCCCCAAGAACAUCAUACAAUUAAUUUUAAAAUAAGCGUGCUACAUCGAUAAUUGAAUACAGUUAGCAUUUUAUCAAGAUCUUAAGCAGCUGGUUAACUGAUGUGCUGAUGAAGGUUACAGGUGGUUUGUGUUGCUUUGAAGUAAUACAAUUUGUGCCUGACCAAGUACAUUCAUUAAUUGCAGAUAGAUGGGUUUAAAUAAUGUUGGUUGUGUACUUAUAGCUGUAGUUGUAUAUGAGAUUUUUACACUGCCUAAUUAUUGAUGUAAAUAAAAUGUUUAUGUAUGUUGUAUGUAUAACUAGAUUUAUAAUAAACAUGCUAUUUGCAGAGAUGGAAA